UUUGCCCUCCAGUCCAGCAAGUGUCAGUGAGGAGUCGCAGAGCCAGCGCAGCGGCGGUUUUGUUUUCCUUAGCCGUUAGCAUACGAAGCUGCUGUAAAAGAUGCCUGUGUCUGUCAUGAUGGCUGAAUUUGAUGAAAAGCUGCUGUUGCAGUUUGAAACUCAAGAGCUGGAGGCUCCUGGUGGCAUUGCUACGCCUCAGGUGUAUUCCCAGUUACUAGUCCUGUAUCUCCUGAACAAUGACAUGAAUAAUGCCAGAUACCUUUGGAAACGGAUACCACAGGCAAUCAAAACAGCAAACCCAGAACUGGCUGCUAUAUGGGCUGUAGGACAGCGUAUCUGGCAGCGAGACUUUCCAGGGAUCUACACGGCUAUUGAUGCUUGCCAGUGGUCUGAAAAUAUUCUCCCUGUGAUGGAAGCUUUAAGAGAGUCCACCCGUAGGAGGGCAUAUGGGCUAGUAGCGCAAGCUUACACCUCUAUCAGUGCAGAGGACUUUGCUGCCUUUGUGGGAUACUCUGUAGAAGAGGCGGUCAAAGGUGUAGUUAGCCAUGGGUGGCAGGCGGAUCCGAACACCAGGAUGAUCAUGCCACAGAAACCAGAUCCGCCUCCGGUCUCUCUGGUUCCCAACGAACAACAGCUGGCCAGGCUCACAGACUACGUGGCUUUUCUUGAGAACUGAUAAGCACUCCACCCCUCUUCUUCACCACCUCUCAGUUUUACAGAAGAAACCUGUGGAAUCCAGGACCCUUCACACACAUUUAUCUGUCCUGCUUCAGUGAUGGAGCCACCAUCUUUCUUUUGUCUGUUUUGCUUCUUGAACUGGUCAGCCACAGUGAUGUAGAAAAGUUCCAAAUUCUUUUACAUCUACUGUGGAGUAUGACAUCGCUGUCAAUAUUGUAAAUUACUGUUUUUCAGCAUAAAUGCUUCACUAUAUGCACAUAUUGUUCAGGCUUUUUGUGCUGUUUUCAUAUAACAGGUCAAAAUCGCAUCCUUAUGUAAUUUCAUAUUAACAAAGAUGAUGGUUAGGACUUCCUUUUACAAAUUGUGUACAAAAUCACUCUUCAGAAUGAGUAGACAUUUGUCUAGACGUGUAAUAAAUUUUUUAUCAUAUAAAUUUGGGCACAUUAGACAAAAUGACUUCUUCUUGCAAUAUUUAAUGCAUUCAGUUAUGCACUAUAUAAACAAUAUUCUCUUAUGUUGUUGCAGUGAACAAAACGUUAACUUUUUAACCACUAAAAAAUGUCUUUUUUUUCUUUAUAUAAUAAUUUAUGAAAGUCAGUUAUGAGGGAAUAGUUCAGUUUAUGAUAGCUGGGGAACAAAAAAAACCUAGCAAAGGUAUUGUUUACCAGUGCAGACAGCCGACAGCUCAAAGCAGCUUAUUUUGGGAGGCGCAGAGUUGUGUUUAAGAUGUUUUCCACUGUCUGACAAGUGUUUUGUUGACUGUGCAUCUCUGUCUGUCUGCUAUUCAGAUGUUUUGCUCUGCCACUGGUUUCUCACGCACAGUGGAUUUGAAAAGCAGAGGAGCCAUACCAGCUGUUGGCCACUGUCACAUCCUUUCAGCUUGAGAAUAAAAGUGCGAUACAUAUG